ACUCACAAUGAGCGGCGAUCGCUUGGAUUUGGAAAGGCCACGUUACAAGCAAGAUCACUUUAGUGGACGAUUUUGGCAUUUUUUUGACAUGGCGAAUCCUCUCAAUAUCUUUGCAACCAAUGCAGAGCUCCAAAGUGCUGUCGAACUGCUACAACAAUACAAAUCUGGACAAGAGCCUAGAGAGACAACUGACAGUCAAGUGUGGCAUGCACAGAAAUUGUAUAAUUCUGCAUUUCAUCCAGACACGGGAGAGAAACAGACUCUAAUAGGAAGAAUGUCAUUCCAAGUUCCGGGUGGACUGAUCCUUGUUGGAGGAAUGCUUGCCUUCUAUAAAUCAAACGUACAGGUUGUGAUGUGGCAGUUUUUCAAUCAGUCAUUUAAUGCUGUUGUCAAUUACACAAACAGAAAUGCAAAUUCUCCAAUUACAAAGAAGCAAAUGGCAGUGGCAUAUGCAUCAGCUACUACGACAGCAACAAUAACAGCUACUUUUCUUAAUAGAAUGACGAAGGCUGCUCCACCGAUUCUUCAACGUUGGGUGCCAUUUGCAGCUGUAGCUGCAGCCAACUGCGUUAACAUUCCUUUCAUGAGACAACAAGAGUUGAAAUCUGGUGUGACUGUUUCUGAUGAGGAAGGCAAUCCACUCGGACAAUCAAAGAAAGCAGCUAUGAAAGGAAUUGCUCAAGUUUGUAUCUCACGUAUCUCAAUGGCUGCAUCAGCAAUGAUUCCCAUUCCUGUUAUCAUGCGGUUGCUAGAAAGGACGUCAUCAUUCAAACUUCGAACAAGGCAGUCAUGGCUUCUGCAGACACUUCUAAGUGGAAUCAUUUUAGUGGUUGCUGUACCUAUGGGCUGUUCAUUGUUCCCACAGACGUGUUCAAUGGCUCUAGACGACUUGGAAGCUGAUCUUCAGGACUCGAUUAGACGACAGUAUGGAUCAAGAAUCACCAGAGUGUACUUCAACAAAGGAUUGUAAUGGUACGUAGGUAUUAACAAAACAGGGUAGAAGACUCUAUUAUACAUUGAAUUGACAACUAGCUGAGUGAUGACCAGUUAAAAUGUCGGUUUCUUACUCAACUGAUUUCCUGACACACCUAUACUCUGUUACACCUACCUUGUCUAGGCUAUGGUAAGCGGGAUUUUUUUACUAUAUAUGGCAUACCUUUCCCAUGCAGGAUGACCACAGUGGCACUGUAAGUAAAAGUUA